AUGUCCUCUUUAUGUUUCAGGUGUUCAGGAAGUGAUAAGUCGACCCCUGAAGACCUAACCAGAGACCCAGGGUAUGCAGGUCGUGUGGAGUACACUGGAACAUACAGAGGUCCCUUCACCCUGAGAAUCUCAGAUCUGAGAGAGGAGGACUCAGCUGAGUAUCGCUUCACUUUUAAAACAGACAACUUUGACUGGGGUCAUAGUUUCCCAGGAACAACUCUGUCUGUCACAGGUCUGCAGGUGAAGGUGACUCCUGCUGCAGAGGGACAGAAGACACUGACCUGUAGCACCACCUGUACUCUGACUGACAACCCCACCUACAUCUGGUACAAGAAUGGACAACGUGUAGAUGAGCCCACUUCCCAACAACACUCCAGUAAUAUGCUGGUGGUCUGGGAUUCUACUGUGGACAUUUACUCCUGUGCUGUUGAAGGUCACGAGGCUCUCCACUCUCCUGUAGUUUGUUUUCAGGUGAAGGUGACUCCUGAACAGUUUUCAGAGUAUAAGACACUGACCUGUAUCACCACCUGUGUUCUGACUGGUAACCCCACCUACAUCUGGUGUUCAGGGUCAGAGCUGCUACAGAGUGACUUACACCAAGAGGAGAAUCUGUGUCUUGAAGGGGUCAACAGUGGACAUAUCCUGUACUUAUGUCUGCAGGUGAAGGUGACUCCUGCUGCAGAGGGACAGAAGACACUGACCUGUAUCACCACCUGUACUCUGACUGACAACCCCACCUACAUCUGGUACAAGAACGGACAACGUGUAGAUGAGCCCACUUCCCAACAAUACUCUAGUAAUACCCUAGUAGUGUUGGGUCAUUCUGUGGACAGUUACUCCUGUGCUGUAGAACACCAUGAGGACCUCCACUCUCCUGCAGUGUAUGCUCCAAAGAACACCUCAGUGUCAGUCAGUCCCUCUGGUGAAAUAGUGGAGGGCAGUUCAGUGACUCUGACCUGCAGCAGUGAUGCCAACCCACCUGUGGACAAAUACACCUGGUACAAGAAGAACAUAACCUCACCAAAAGCAUCAGGACAGAGUUACAGCAUCACUAACAUCAGCUCUGAGGGCAGAGGAGAAUAUUACUGUGAGGCUGAGAAUAAAUAUGGACGACUCAACUCUUCUUCUGUGUCUGUGGACAUUCAGUAUACUACAGCAUUGUUUCUCUGGGUUCCUGUGGUGGGGGUGGGGGCUGCCCUGACUGUUGGAGCUCUGCUCCUCACCAUCUACUGCUAUAUGAAGAGGAGACACACAGGAGGAAGUGAUGACACAGCAGACAGACAGAGUGUCCAUCCUGACCCCAACAGUGACAUGUACACAUCUCUGAACAUGAAGACCAGGUCACCAGAGUAUGACACCCUGGCAAAUGUGAGAGACUUGGCAGUGACACAGCCCUCAGAUACAUGCUGAGCCCUCCGAUUAUGAGAUCUUAAGAGAACCACCACAGAAACUGGACAGAAGAGAACCACCACAGAACCUGGACUGAAGAGAACCACCACAGAACCUGGACUGAAGAGAAUCACCAAAGAUUCUGGACUGAAGAGAACCACCACAGAACCUGGACUGAAGAGAACCACCACAGAACCUGGACUGAAGAGCAACAGCAUCAAACCAAAGCUAGGCCUCAUAAUGCUAUUCUCUUACUAUGAUAUUGCUUUUUAAUCUAGAAGGUUUGAGACAAUGAGCUUUAACUUUUGAGUAAGUGCUGGAAUUUAGAUUGUUCUCCUAAUGAUAAAUACAGUAUGUGCACUAACGUUCAAAAGUUUGGGGUCACUUAAAAUGUCCUUGUUUUUGAAAGAAAAGCAAAAAAAUGUGUCCAUUCAAAUAGCAUCUAAUUGAUCAGAAAUGCAGUGUAGACAUUGUUAAUGUUGUAAAUUACUAUUCUACCUGGAAAAUGCAGAUGUUUUAUGGAAUAUCUACAAAGGCGUGCAGAAGCCAAUUAUCAGCAACCAUUACUCCUCUGUUUCAAUGGCACGUUGUGUUAGCUAAUCCAAGUUUAUCAUUUUAAAAGGUAAAUUAAUCAUUAGAAAACCAUGUUGUAAUUAUGUUAACACAGCUGAAUACUGUUGUGCUCACUGAUUAAAGAAGCAAUGAAACUGGACUUCUUUAGACGAGUUGAGUAUCUGGAGCAUCAGCAUUUGUGGGUUCAUUUACAGAUUCAACAUGUCAACUUAUCUGUUUACUAUCUGUAGAUUGUAUUGCUUAUCUUUUUUAUGGGAUUUUGCCAAUUCCAGAUUUUUUAUAUAAAGUUAUGUCUUGUCUUAGUGACACAAAAAGGAAUAAUAUUGACAAGAGCUUUUAAAUGUUUGUAUCUCUGGAGUUGUUCCUGAUGUGUUAAAAUAUGUUUUACUUUGUAUUGCUGUCAGUCAUUACUGGUCAUUCUCUAUUUUAUAUUAUGUAAUACUAUAUUGUUCAGUGUCAUGAUAUUGCUUGUUUUAUUAUCAAAUGAUUAAUUAUUCAUUAGUACAUUUAUUUUAGACACAUUGAACACAGUAUAAGCACCAUGUUGUAAAUGAGAUCAAAGGUAGACAAUAAAUAGACAACAUGGAUUGUUUGACUAACAUG